CCCGAGUCUGCUUUCCCGCUCCUCCUCAAACUGCUCGGCGCAUUCGGGGCGAGACAGGGGCAUAAAGUGGAUGGUGCAAGAAUUUGCUAGGUGUUGCAUGAGGCGGGGGGGGUUUUCUUCUUUUUUUUUUCUGUCUCUCUUUCUCGUUUCCUUUCCCACUCCUGAACUGGGCAUGGAGACGUUGAACCGUGGACAGCGAGUGCAUGAAGGACGCCCGCUUGGUAGUUUGGAUAAAGCUGGCCGGGACAGCUGCAGUUUUCCUGCAGCCGUGUCCAGCGGCCGUCCAGUCACUCUGCUGGGCAGGCGGAGCUGGUUUGCGGCGCCGUGGAUGGACCCUGAAUUUCUCGUGACAUCCCUGUCUGCACAGCCAAGGUACUGUGUAUUAUCUAUACCUAGUCUGUGUUCGGCUGUAUGCCUCUUCAUUCUGAUUCUGCUCUCGUCCCCGAUGCAGCUUUUGAUUGAUACAGUCGUACGGAUAGUGUACUCCAUAGUGCUGUUCGAAAGUACAGUGGCGGGUCACUUGGGCAGACAAAGUCCCGGUCAUCAGACUGGAAAAUUCCCAUAUGUCACUGGCGGAAAAGGUCAUGGGAAUCUCGCUCAAAUUCCAGAAUUGCCUCGGCGGCGGCAAUGUCGGCGUGCCCCGGAAGACUGCCAGAUGAUGGCGUGCGGCGUGCGGCGUGCCCUCCGUCGGUGAGUGGCUCCGGAUCAACUACGGUGAAUUCCACGUUCGAGAGAAAUUCUAGCGGGCGGGGCUUCAGGUCCCUCUUCUUCUCCGGGGUCGCAAGGUGACCCUCGGUACUUUCGGUCAAAUUCCUCGCCCAAUUCCCAAAUGGGCCUCCCCUACCGCCGUUACGGGGUUUCCGCCCAUCGACAAUCCAUCCUCGACAUCACUUGCCUAUUGUCGCUUUUGAGGUG